AGAAUUGAAAUUAAUCAACUUAAUUGGAUUUAACUGAAAAUGGAUUCCGAAGUAGUGACAAAUGUAAAUGAAACCAAAAGUACGCAACAACAAGUGGUUAAAGAAGAGCCUGAAACUGAACCGGAAGUUGUUAAAGAAAAUGUGAUUGAUCGUCCUGUGACCAGUGACGAAGUAGGUGAAACAGUAGUGGACAAGGCAGCAGACAGUGCCGUUGAAAAUGGCGUGACAACAACAACGACAACAACAGUCGUUGUAAUCAAAAAGGAAAAUGCCAAAGAAGAAGAAGAAGCAGAUCUUAAAAGGGAAACCGAAACAACAACAAAAACAAUUGUUGUAAACAAAAACGAGAUCGAAUCGAAUGAUACUCCUGAUAAUAAAAAUGAAUCAUCAACAACUACAACCACUACAAUUGUUGUUACCAAAAAGGAGCCGGAAGUUGCUGAUAUAUCUGAUAAGGAAAGCAAAACGUCAACAAUGACAACAACAACAAUUGUUGUUGCUUCACCCAAAAAAGAAGAAAAUAUGGAAACAGAAGAAGAAGACAAUAAGGACUCCAGUCCAAGUGCAGAUGGUCCAAGCACAGCGAAAGAAACAUCGAAUAAAACUGUUGUUUUAAACGACAAAGAAGAAGAGGAAAUAGUAGUAGAAGGCGAAGGAGAAGAAGAGAGUGACGAUAAUGAUGUAGAUGAUUAUGACGAAGACAUGGAGACAGUGACCAAGACAGAAGAAAUUGAAGAUGGGCAAGGUCAAUGCAAUAUUCCGGAAAAAUCGGAAGAGGCUGCUAAACCGAAAAUAGAUCAAGAUGACAAUGCCGUUAAAACAAAUAAGGAUAUUAAUAAUCAAAUUGAACAUAUUAUAUCUGAUAUUGAUAUCAAUAUUAAAGCUCAAGAGAAAAUAACUCAACUUAAGGAACAAGAAUUGCUGCUAAUACAAAAACAAAAGGAAUUGGCUAAUCAGAUUCAGCAGCAACAAUUGUUAGCUCAAAAGCUAAUUGCGGAAAAUCAAUUGAAGGAACAGGACCUGCAACGCCAACAAUACUUGCAGCAACAACAGUUGCAACAGCAGCAACAACAACAAAGUCAACAUCAAUAUAAUGAGGAUUGCGCACUAAAAAGCAAACCAGAUCAUUAUAAUACCACGACGGUUCAACGGCAAGAGGUGCAGGAAUCGAACCACAUAUCGAGGACAGUUGAUUUGCGAAAAAUAUUUACUCCAGCGACAGAUGCACCUCAAAUAUUGCCCAAGAACCGAAAGCUAUAUGCCUCAUCAGCAUUUUAUUCACCAACACUGCAUCCCACUGUGGAGGACCAAGUUGAGCUUGCUCGCCGAAUCUCUCAUUCGUUGAGCGACAUAAGCAAUCAAACUUCUAAGGGUCAAACAAUGUAUGUGAAUCGAAAGAAACGCUCAGUUAAAUGGGUUCACGAAGGUUGUGGUCAAGGAGAAGAUGAAAAUAUUGUUGAGACGCGAUCUUUAAGUAAAGAAAACGCUGAAGAUAAUUUGCUGCAGCCGGAACUAAUCAAGCUGGAUAAAAUGCCAUUAAAGCUGGUCAUGAAUCCACGUGGACAAAUGCGCGACUAUAAUUCAUUAAAAGAAUCAAUAAAUAUUGAAUCGGGUCUUUUAUCGCCUGACAAUUGCGCUGAGCUAAUAACUGCGCUGCAACUGCAUAAAGGUCGAGGAGCUGAGCUCUUUGCUAAACGUCGAAGAAAGGCUGACAAUUGGGUAGUCGAUGAGACAAAUGCCGGCAUUCACAGUCCAUCUGGUAUUCCAGAUUAUCAACAAUACCAGGCUAAUAGACCUGGUCCUACCUCGCCAAGCAUCGUGCCAGCGUAUUCGGAUGCUGGCAAGCAUCGCGUCCAAUUGAAUCUUCAUCAGGAUCAGCUAAUUGAGAAAUACUCAAAGCCUGGCGUACAGGUGGUAAAAUCCCCGUGGGAAGCAGCUCUACAAACCGGUUCGGCGAGCACCGCAUUUUUGGAGCAAGCACAAUAUAGAAGUCAAACACCGAUUGUCGCACAGCCAUCACCUGUUCAUUUCACUCAAGAUUUUACCGAUUCACCCAGUUUGCCUGCGUCAUAUGCCAACUCAUCGAAUUAUGUAAAUGAUUCAUAUAAAAGUUCGUUCGAUACUCGUGCCAAAAGUCAAUCGAUUCAGUCAUCCAAUCCACAAAGGGAAUUGGCAUAUAAGCCAAGUGUGGCCCAAGGCUGGGGUGGUCGUAAUGUUGAACUACCAAGAGAGUAUUAUUUCCAAAUCCAGCAACAACCAGAAUUUGAAAAACAUAAUUUCAAUGAUCCAAGGAAUUCUUAUUAUAAUGGUAAUGAACAACUAUUUGUGGACCCCAAUGCCUAUGGAAUUAACAUGCAAUUCCCUCAAACUGAUUUCAAUUUGAAUGAUGACAUCCACCAGCGGCUACAACAGUUAGAACAAUUUCAACAAUGCUUUAUGCAACAGCAAAUGAAACAACUAAAACUGAAAUCAAAUGGAAAUUUGCCUAUGGCUAAAUGUAUUGGAAGUAUGAGCUCUACAAAUACAAAACCAAUCGAACGUUCAGAGGUUCAGCAAGUUGUAGCUGAGGAACGAAGUAAAGCAGAAGAAGCUGGUGAACCAGUCAAUGUGCGUGAAUUGAUAUUCACAUUUGAGCAACAAUCUCUAAGAGAACGUGAACUAACUCCCAACAUCCAAAACGAGCUUUCAAGUGAUAAAAAGCGAUUACCAACUCUAAGUUUGAAUACAUCGAAAAGUUCAACAAAUCAAAUGAAUGAUCAAGACACAAUCAAAGGCCUAUAUGUACCUAAGGAAAUAUCGUUGGCUAGUUACGCACCUCCACCUGUACAGUCAACGCAUAAUUUCCAAAGCUCACCAAAGCCUAUGGACUACUCCGCUAAGGAAUAUGAACUACCAUCAUAUCCUGGUUUCCCCAUAUCGAAUCUAAAGCCUGGUCUAUAUAAUUCAGUGCCGCCCAAAGAGCAGCUAUAUAAUUCAACGAGCUAUCAGAAAUUCCCAUCCAGCUCGGUACAGGCGGGACCACAGGUCAGCUUUAGUCCAUCCCCAUUAUCGUUCGAUAAGCUAUCGAAGUUCCAAGAAUCACCGGAUCAGAGAAAUCAGCGAUAUUUUAAUGGCAACAAACAGCCAGCCUAUAGAGGUGUGCAGAAUGUAUCCCCAACGCCUUUCUUGUCUGGUGGUGCUGGCGGUCAUAAUGACCGAUUACCGAUUUCAUCGCCUACAUAUGGAUCAAAUACAUCGCAUAAUGUUGGAUCUCAACAAGGUCGUGGUGCCAAUCAAAGUUUCAAUAACUCCGCUCGGGGUUGGAACAAAGGAACGAACAAUAUUCAACCAAAUGUCUACCACCCAAAGACUGUAUCAAUUUCUGCGACAGAGAGUCUGCCAUAUUCUGACUUCUGAAUUUAUUAAUUGAUCAGCUUUAAUUGAAUAAUAACUUAUUAUUUUUAUUUCCGAUUACGAUUUACGAUAUGCUCAACUGAUAGUCAACGUAUACAUGCAUACAUACGUACUAUACAUACAUCUAACAUAAACCAACUCCAUUAAACAUAAACAAAUACAUAUUCAUAUAUACCAUAUAUAAGUUUAUAAACACAAUCACACACACAUAUACACACUCAUACUCGCAUAUACAUUCAUACAGGUUCAGAAAUAAUAUGCAGAUAUGUAUGUAUGUAUAUGUUUGAUUUAAUAUAU